AUGCGCUCAUACAUUUACAAGUGCAUUCCAUGCGCUCGUCAACGUGCUCAGAGAGCUCAUCAACUCAUGGGACAACUCCCAGAACCACGAGUGACUCCAUCACCUACAUUCACCCAUACUGGUGUCGACUAUGCCGGUCCAAUAACACUCAAGACCUGGAAAGGUAGAGGAGCAAAGACAAGCAAAGGUAGGAUCUGUGCCCUUGUUUGCCUAGCUACAUCAGCCGUGCAUCUAGAAGCUGUAACAGACUACUCUGCCGAAGGGUUCAUCGCUGCCUUUCGACGGUUCAUCGGUCGACGAGGGCUCUGUCGCAUUCUUUAUAGUGACUGUGGGACAAAUUUUCUCGGAGCUGCGGCAGAAAUCACUCAUCUCUUUACUCAAGGCACUCAAGAAUUCACCAAACUCAUGCAUUCAUUUAAUAACGACAAAAUUACGUAG